AUGGCAAAGAUGGAUUUCUGCGAGGUAAUCAUCGAAAGUAUUAAGGAAGGAGCCAAUAUAUGGCAGAAGCACAGGUUGUUGCCUCAGGAAGAAACGAACAAAAAGCAUCUCAAUGGUUUGGCACAGGGACCAGUAAUAAUGUACCUCGACUCCCUGCUGCUGCCGACCGACACAACAGAAAUGCGCAAGAUUGCAAAGACAAUGGACAAGACAUCAUUACCGCGAGCAAACCACCUAAAAGAGAGUGACCUAAAGAAAAUAACUAGAGCAGACAUGAAAAGGGACGGAAAAGCACGACCAGAUGACUAUGAAUUUGGCAAGAUAAAGACAUGGAAAGGAACAGCAGAGAGGAUCUUCUAUGCCAGCAGAACAACACCUUCGUAUUCAAUACAGAUGAUACCAGCACAACAACAGGAGCACCAGCAGACGACCAAGCUACUACCACCUCCAACCAAGCGCCAGGACGAAGCACAUGUCAGCACGAGUGGAAGCAAGGAACCAGUCACAGGCACCAGCACAGGAUCAUAUGAAAUAUUCGGAAGGAUAGAUGAAAUGUUGAAACAAGUACUCGACGAAACAAAACAGAUACUGAAAAUAAAGACCAGGGCUGGACACCAAUGCAGUGAACAAGAGGAGAAAUUAGAUGAAAACAUGAAGAUCUCAGUGGUGCAACAAACAACGGCCCUGAUUGAUUCUCUCGAACAACUUAGAAAAUUUCAGGACAUUGUUUACAGAGUGAGCUUACCAGAAGAGACGACGCUGAAGUUGCAGGAUGGAGCAGACGCAGGAGCCACAGCUGCACUUGUACAUGGCAACCACACGAAAGAAGUCGCUACCACAGCAGAACCAGGAGCGAGGAGAAAAAGGAAGAAGGAAGAACAAGACCAACAAAACAAACAUGAAAGGAAGAAAAGAAUAACAAAAUCAAGAACACAGACCUCGAGAACUAGCCAGAGGGAGACAAAAGAACAUAACAAGGUGCAAAAAGAGCAAAGCAAGGAGCACGUAUCAACCAAUACAGCAAGUGCCGAAGGACAGCAAGAACAAGGUAGAAAAGUAGCUGCAGAAGUAGAGAAUCAACAUGAGAAACGGGUAUUACAAGCACAGCAAAGAGAAGAGGAUGCCCAUGGAAAACAGAAAGUUCAUAUAGAAGAGCUCUUCAGCACAAGAGCAUUUCAUAUGACUGAUACAGGUGAGAAAGCCUCAGACACUGCACCUGGUGACACACCCAAGGCUGGUAUACAAAGCAAAGAAAAAGUGGACACACAAACGGAUAUCCCAACCACCGGCGCAAAGGUAAAAUUCAACAAGAACCAUUUUUCCAAAAUUUAUAAGAAAUGUACUGCCCAGCACAACCUGUCACGGAAACAAACGAGGACGGUCAUGCCGAAGAACAGCAAGCAGUACAAACAGAACAAACCAAAAAACAAGGGCAAAUGGCGACUAAAAUGGUACCCAGUACGCCGACCAAAGAGCAGUCUUCACGUGACAAACACAACUGAGAAAGACAUGCCACCAGCAUCGAAGACCAACAAGAAGAAAGAAACAAAUGAAGCAGAAGAUGUGCCUCAAGAAGCGAUAGAAAGUGUUCUACCGCUCGACAAUAUGCAAGAAACAGAGGAGAGCACCAAUAUUCAAGACCAACAAACACAACAACACAAGGGAAUGGAACAAGCAGAAGAUGUUCUUCCAACAACGGACAGUAAACCUCAACAAGACACGCACGUAGACACAAGCAAAGAAGCAAAGGGCCACGGUGCAUUGGAAGACCAUGCAGCAAACAUUCCAGAGAGAGAGUCAGACAACAACAAGAAAAAGGCCGCACCAUCAUACAAGAAACAUUGUGCUGUAAAAGAUGUUGCCGCCACAAACACGAUGGUAAGCCAGGACGACACUCAAACAGAACGCGAACCAUUGAUCAUACAAAACCUGGCCAUCGAAGAAGGCACAAAAGAUGAAGGGAUCGAACGCCUGUACAACAACGUCAUGACAGCGAAUAAGGACAAAGGACUCGACUGUGCGUUCUAUAUGUUCAUGAACGCAAAGCACUACACCGACGGUGGAGAAACAGUGUACCUAACAGAAGAACAAGUCCCGGAGUUGAGGAAGAGAAUUCUAUAUCAAAUAAUCAGCCAAUACAGAGAUACGGCCGCACUGUCAUUAAUCAACUACACCAAAGAUAUGCUGAACUCUGAGGUCGCUAUGGAAGACAGUGAAAUGCAACGAAUACAUUGUGACAUAAUUCAAGAAGAGAUUCCUCCAACUCCAGAGCAUAUUGGGACGAGCGCUCAAGAGAUACAAGUUAUUGGCAUUAAUGACACAAGCAGCGAUGAGGAGAAACAAGACUAUCAACCGGUGCUCGGUCUCAAUUAUGAUAACGGAGAGCUAUCAGAAUUCAACGAGGACGAAGCACUAAAAGGAUUUGAACUCCUCGUGGGAGGUAAAGACAUCCUCCAUUCGAAGAUGAUCAUGAUACCUCAUCACACAAACAACCACUACACGCUCUAUGUACCGAACAAGUACAGAGAUAGCAUCGACAUCCUUGACUCACUGAACUACGUAAACUACGCCGAUUUGUCUUGGAGUCAACACCACGUGCAUCGAGAAGAACUGGGCGUUCCAAAGGUGAACAAAGGUGAAACCCCGUUUUCUGUUCUAAGGUUCGCGCAUCUCUUUGAUGGCAACCACUUCAUCGAAGAGAUAGAUAAUUUCGACGAUGGCACAGAACAAUGGAAAGCACAACAACUGUGCAAGCUACUAUUUAGUGAUCAGAAUACAAUCGAACCCAGCGAAAUGGGCGAUGAGAUUAGAAAGAUCUACGACGACAUCACGGAAUAA